AUGGAACUGGCUGCUUCAGAUGAUGCUUCUCCAAUUCCUGCCCGCCAGUUUCGUCGUCGGAAAAGUCUGGGCGAGCUCGUUCAGGGCAUCAAAAUAAAAUAUUCACGAGAAAAGAUGACAAAGGACUCGGACGCUGAUUCCCGUAACCAGAGCCGAAGCGAAGCAUACACUUCACUUGAACCGAUUUCGGGCUCUCAGUCCAUGUUGCUUCAAAACCCGUGGCAGCAGCGCUGCUCUCUCCCAAUUCCAGUUCCUGAGCGCUAUGCUUCCAUUGCCUACGACAGUUUGCCUGUUUCGCCUGUAUCCUCCACACCCCCACGGCUUGAUGUUUUACAUGAUCUUGCCUCGGACAACGUGCAGAAAGCAUCUACUUUCCGUGAUGGGCUUGAAAAGGCCGUCAACGAUAUCAAUACCAAAUAUGGAGAUUCCACCAAGGCAUUCAUUUCUUCAAGCUCCCCGACAAAUUCUAUUGCAUUGCGAGACAAAAACACUUUUAGAUCCAGAUUUGUGGUACCAAUAUACGGUGAGGAGCCAAUUCCCAAUGCUCGACCCGUGAUCGGCGAGCUAUGGACUGCUCUCAAGUCCCAGGAUGAGCCUCUACAGUCAUCCAAGCCACAUGCAGACAUCUCGACAGACAAUAGCAACACCGCGUCUCCUUUCCAUGACUCUCUCAAACUGAUGAUGUAUCUACCUCCACGAGUCAGCCUGGUGGCAAUGAAUCACAACUCACACUCUGACGAAACCGUCUCUGGUAAUGCUAAGGAGAAGACCGAUAUCAUUUCUCAGGACAAAACAGAUGUCGCCGGCACCGAGCCCGGCUCUCCAUUUGAGUCGCCUAACGAAGAUAGCCUGUACUCGCAAGAUUCUGGCAGCACAUCUGCUUUAUCGCAGGGCACGUCGUCUGAGCAAAACUCCUCGGUGGCUAACUACAUUGCAACCAGUAAAGCAGACUUGGAAGCUACACCUCGGGCGACUGGGGAUGGCCGAGGAAGAAACUCUUCGGCGCCUUCUGUGGCUGCUCUCAUGUCCCUCAAGAACAAGACCAAGUGUCGGUAG